CAGAUUCCUAUUAACCCAGUAAGUACGCGUGAAAAGGGACAAUUUUCAUUUUACAGUUGAAGUCUAAAACGGUCUCUGUAAAUCCUUGGUUUAUAUCCUACUUUCUGUGUUUGGUACCGGACUCCUGGUUUGGUUUAUAUCCUACUUCUGUGUUUGGUACCAGACUCCUGGUUUGGUUUAUAUCGUAUUUCUGUGUUUGGUACCGGACUCCUGGUUUGGUUUACAUCGUAUUUCUGUAUUCGGUACCGGACUCCUGUUUUGGUUUAUAUCCUACUUCUGUGUUUGGUACCGGACUCCUGGUUUGGUUUAUAUCCUACUUCUGUGUUUGGUACCGGACUCCUGGUUUGGUUUAUAUCGUAUUUCUGUAUUCGGUACCGGACUCCUGGUUUUCGCCAUACUGAAGCGGUUACUGGGCUGCACUGGGGGCGUCUGAACACAUCGACUUCAACUCUUGAGCGAUGCCAGAUUUAUAGCUAAAGGUCGUCCGUGUAUUUAUGAAUGUGUUUGUGGCAACGGGACCUGGAACCUGAAGGCAUUUGUGUAGGAGGGGCUGUAUACUGCAUCACAGAGAGUACACACACACACUCAACUCACCCAGUGCAUAGAGAUCCUCUGUACCAUACUGAGCAAGAACUGGAAUAGUGGCAUCUCCCUGAGCCCAUCUGUAGGCAGACUUGCUGGGAAGUAUGUCUGUGUCCAGCACUCCCACCAGUAAUGAUGCCUGUCUGAGCAUAGUGCACAGUCUCAUGUGCCACAGACAGGGUGGGGAGAGUGAGUCCUUCUCCAAACGUGCCAUCGAGAGUCUGGUGAAGAAGCUGAAAGAGAAGAAGGAUGAACUGGACUCCCUGAUCACUGCCGUAACGACAAACGGAGCACAUCCCAGCAAGUGUGUCACCAUCCAGCGUACCCUGGAUGGACGCCUGCAGGUGGCCGGGCGGAAGGGGUUUCCACAUGUGAUCUAUGCUCGUCUGUGGAGAUGGCCAGAUCUGCAUAAGAAUGAGCUUAAACAUGUUAAAUACUGCCAGUUUGCCUUCGACCUCAAGUGUGACAGUGUGUGUGUGAACCCCUACCACUAUGAGAGGGUGGCAUCGCCGGGCAUUGACCUGUCUGGACUGACUCUGAGUGGUGCAGGGCCCAGUGCAGGUCUGUUGGUGAAGGAGGAGUUUGAAGGACAGACAUCUCACUCCAGUGCUGAUGGGUCUCACAGCAUACAGACCAUCCAGCAUCAGCCCGCCUCGUCUCAUCCAGCGCCGCCCACCUCUACCCGCCCGGCCCUGCCUGACACCUUCAGCAGCCCUGCCCUCCUGCCUCCACCUGAUGCGACGAGCUCUGCCUCCAGCUCUGCCUUUCCUAGUUUAGCUGCUGGAGCAGCCACAGCCGGUGGCUCUUGGUCAAGAGGGAGUGGUUUCCCUCCCAACCUGCCUCAUCAGAACGGCCACUUGCACCACCACCCUCCCCAGUACUGGCCUGUGCAUAAUGACCUUGUAUUCCAGCCCCCAAUAUCUACCCACCCAGCGCCAGAUUACUGGUGCUCCAUUGCGUAUUUUGAGAUGGAUGUGCAGGUCGGGGAGACGUUUAAGGUUCCGUCUUCGUGCCCCGUGGUGACGGUGGAUGGCUAUGUGGACCCUUCUGGUGGCGAUCGCUUCUGCCUGGGCCAGCUGAGCAAUGUGCACCGCACCGAGGCUAUCGAAAGGGCCAGGUUGCACAUUGGAAAGGGAGUGCAGUUGGAGUGUAAGGGUGAAGGAGACGUUUGGGUACGUUGCCUUAGCGACCAUGCAGUGUUUGUCCAGAGUUACUAUCUGGACAGAGAAGCUGGAAGAGCUCCAGGUGAUGCUGUUCAUAAAAUCUACCCCAGCGCCUACAUCAAGGUCUUUGACCUGAGGCAGUGCCAUCGGCAGAUGCAACAGCAGGCGGCUACAGCUCAGGCAGCAGCAGCAGCUCAGGCAGCAGCAGUGGCUGGAAACAUCCCAGGUCCUGGAUCAGUAGGAGGGAUAGCACCAGCUAUCAGUCUGUCUGCUGCGGCUGGUAUCGGGGUGGAUGACCUGCGUCGGUUGUGUAUUCUGCGCAUGAGUUUUGUGAAGGGCUGGGGCCCUGACUAUCCCCGCCAGAGCAUUAAAGAGACACCAUGUUGGAUCGAGAUCCACCUUCACCGAGCCCUUCAGCUACUGGACGAGGUCCUACACACCAUGCCGAUAGCUGACCCACAACCGCUCGACUGACCCGCCCAGUCUGAUCACCAACUGCUCGACUGACCCACCCAAACUGAUCACCAACCACUCAACUGACCUGGCCAGUCUGACCUACAACCGCUCGACUGACCUACCCAGUCUGAUCACCAACCGCUCGACUGACCUACCCAGUCUGAUCACCAACCACUGGAAUGACCCGCCCACAGUCUGACCCACAACCACUACCACUGGAAUGACCCGCCCACAGUCUGACCCACAACCACUGGAUUGACCCACCCACAGCUGACUGUCAGCCUCACCCACCUUCAUAUGUCCUUUGCAACAUUUCUCUUGGUGCAUUGGUCCGCACUUCACACAAAAUGCUCAGAAACGCAUUUUAAAAUGUGCCAAAAUGCAUCUUCACUGAGGGAAGCAGGUGCCGCCAUCUUAAUUUCUGAGGUUUGUAUAAAGAGUGAAGAAUAGCUGACACUACUGAGCUCUAAACAGCACCUGAUGCAGGGAAUACAGGACCUGGGAUCCCACUCUGAAGGAGUUUAUACACACACAGUUUAUAUUAACCCUUUUAACACCCCUCAUAUGUAAACAGUUUAUAUUAACCCUUAUGUUAAAACCCCCCGCUCUGUCUGUUUAUAUUAACCCUUAUUUUAAAACCCCUCUCUGUUUAUAUUAACCCUUAUGCUAAAACCCCUCUCUGUUUAUAUUAACCCUUAUGUUAAAACACCUCUCUGUUUAUAUUAACCCUUAUGUUAAAACACCUCUCUGUUUAUAUUAACCCUUAUUUUAAAACCCCUCUCACAGUUUAUAUUAACCCUUAUGCUAAAACCCCUCACAGUUUAUAUUAACCCUUAUGUUAAAACCCCCCUCUGUCUGUUUAUAUUAACCCUUAUGGCAAAACCCCUCAGAUUAUAUUAACCCUUAUGCUAAAACCCCUCUCACAGUUUAUAUUAACCCUUAUGUUAAAACCCCCUCACAGUUUAUAUUAACCCUUAUGUCAAAACCCCUCACAGUUUAUAUUAACCCUUAUGCUAAAACCCCUCACAGUUUAUAUUAACCCUUAUGCUAAAACCCCCUCACACAGUUUAUAUUAACCCUUAUGCUAAAACCCCUCACAGUUUAUAUUAACCCUUAUGCUAAAACCCCUCACAGUUUAUAUUAACCCUUAUGUUAAAACCCCCCUCUGUCUGUUUAUAUUAACCCUUAUGUCAAAACCCCUCACACAGUUUAUAUUAACCCUUAUGCUAAAACCCCUCAGUUUAUAUUAACCCUUGUUAAAACCCCCGUUUGUUUAUAUUAACCCUUAUGUCAAAACCUCUCACACACAGAUUAUAUUAACCCUUAUGCUAAAACCCCUCUCACAGUAUAUAUUAACCCUUAUGUUAAAACCUCUCUCUCUCUCUCUCUCUCUCUCUCUCUCACCCACACACAAACACAGUUUAUUUGAAGCCUUAUGUUAACUGUUUAUGUAUGAGGGGUGUUAUAUUAACCCUUACGUUAAAACCCCUCACACACACACACACACACACACACAGAGGCCGUGGAUCGAGGCGAUCUUGCACUCAUCACUGUGAUUCAGCGUGGAAUAUGACAGCACAGAAACAAAUCCUUGUCUGAUGUGAAGAAUGAAAUGUCUGUUGAAGAGAAACCAUACUAAUAAACUCACAAAGCUCUGAACUUCUCUGAAAUGGAACCCUUGUGAAUGGGAAUCUGGGACUAAAGAUUCUAACAGGACUCUCAACACUAAUACUGGCCUCUCGAAACACUAGCAGGACUUCCCGUAGCCUGCAGAGGGUGACGUUCCACAGAACUCCUCUGACGUCACACUGAAGGCAUCAGGCUGGGUGUAUAAGUAGUUCAAAAUGAAGAGCUUGUCUUUAUACACCACUGUAGAUUAUGUAUUUUCUGAAGUAGAUACUGAAUUUGUAUUCUGCACAUAGUUACGUGACAUGUACUGUUUGUGUAAGAAGGGAGGACAGCCUGCUCUGGACAUUUCUGGGUCUGUCAUUCCUUAAGAAUGUCCCCCCCAGCCUAGUGUCCAGAGGAGACUCUCCCUGUGUCCAGCCUGUGUGAGGUUGGGGACACAUCAAAUUUUGAUGAUUAUAUUUUGUAAAAGUUAUCACACUAUACAAUAAUAUUGCAUUUAUAGGGAUGUUUGUUGUAGCUAAACAUGUUAGCAGUACAACACUGCAAUGUGUUGGAAAUAAAAUGUGUUCAAGUGUAAA